CUCUGCAGCUCCGUCCCGUCUUCUGAAGGAAACGCCCUCCCGUGGGUCUUUCCUGGGGAGGGUUCUCCGCAAACGACCGGGGUGAUGUGCCGGGCAUCUUCACGGGGCAGCCCUCACCCGUUCACGCGUGGGGGGGCCCUGGGGUUGUUUGAGGGCCCAUCUCCCCCUCGCCUGCCCUCCUCCAGGAGGAGGCCUGCGCCUCUCUCCCCCGGCAGCCACCCGGCCCAGCGGGGGAUGGAGCCCGGCAGGUCGGUGCCAGCGGAGCUGAAGCUCCGCCAGCGCUCGCAGCGGGCCAGGAUCCCGGCGCCCUUCUUCGCCCACCCGGGUGAGGCGGCCGAGCCGGCGGACACCCCCGGGCCGGCCCCCGCGGAGGCAGACGCGGACUCCCUGGUGCCCACGCACGACGAGCGGGGCCGGCCCAUCCCCGAGUGGAAGCGGCAGGUGAUGGUGCGCCGGCUGCGGGCCCGGCUGGCGGACGAGGAGGCGGCAGGCGGGCAGGUGCAGGGGCGUCCCGGGGAUGGGGGGCGCGGGCUGCCGGCCCGGCGGGACGCUGACGCCCCCCCCCCCCCCCCUCCGCAGGACGCGGACUCCUGGCGCUUCUCGCCCUCCCGCCAGGCCGUGCUGGGCCCCUUCGGGGAGCUGCUGACCGAGGCAGACCUGCAGCAGCUGGAGCGGGCGGUGGAGAGCCUGCGGCUGCGGCGGCGGGGCGAGGAGUACCAGGGCGAGCUGCGGCGUCUGGCGCGGGAGCUGCGCGCCCUCCUGCCCGCCCCGCUGCUCAGCAUCACCGUGCGCAGCCCCCCACCCGCCCCCGGGCAGCCCCUGCCCCUCUGGUGUGGCCGCCUGGCCGGCGCCGUCAGUAGCCUGGCCGCUCUGCUGGCCCACGCCGAGGGGGCGCGAGUCGCCUCCCCCGCCGCCGCCACCGCCCCCCUCGCCGCCCCCGCCAGGCAGCCCCGGGAGCCGGCGGGAAGCCUGGCGCAGCGGGAGAUCCGGCAGUGCGGGGUCUGCGUCCGCAGCCUUCGCGGCGCCUUCGAGACCGCGUGGGGGGCGGCGGAGGGGAAGGCGGCCGGGGGGAGCGGUGCGGAGGCCGCCAGCGACUCCGGCAUCAGCUGCGAGGAGACGUUUUCCGACGGCGGCGGCUCCGCGGGGCCGGAGUGGGGCAGCCUGAGGAAGGAGCGGAUCGUGAUGCUCUUCCUGAGCCACUGGAGACGGUCCGCCUACGGGCCGCCCCCGCCGGCCGCCGGGGACCCCCGGGAGGCAGCGGGGGGUGCGGCGGCCCGCUUGGCGCGGCAGAGGGCGGCCAUCCAGCGGCUUCUGGGCGGCUGGCGGGACGCCGCCUCCCGCCGCCCCCCGCCGCCCCCCGCCGCCGGCCGCGCACCGCUAUCGCCGGAGCAGUUCGUGGCGAGGGCCGGGGAGGGGCCGGCCGACUACGACAGCCUGUCGCUGGAGCUCUUUAUGCUGGGUUAUUUCCGCAUCCUGGAGCAGGAGCUGCCCCCCGAGGAGCGCCGCGGCCGCCACCUCCUCUGCUUCGAGGUCUUCGAGCAGCUGGGCCGGCACGGCUGGCGGGCGGUGCGCUCCUUCCACCGCGCCGUCACCGACGAGAUCGCCGCCGGCCGGCGGGGCUGGCGGGACGGCUUCGACGACAUCAAGGCGAGGUAUUUCGGAUCCCCCCAAAGUUCGGCCCGGCGGCCGGGGGAGGCCGGGAGAGAGGGGGAGGAGAUCUGCCGCUACAUCGACCGCAGCUUCGCCUUCUGGAAGGAGAAGGAAGCCGAGAUCUUCACCUUGGAGGAGUGAUGCCCGCUGGCGGGGAGGGCGGAGGGCUGCGGGAAGCCGCGGGCUGCAAUAAACGCCUUUUCGGUUCUGUUCGAGCUGAGCAAGGCU